UUCUCUGUAAAAUAUUGUCAAUUGUUCAACACUAGCACAUUGUGUAUACAUAUGUUUAGUAUGCAUUUGUAAAUUCAACAAGAUAGGUCUGUUUUCUGUUUCUGCACUGCUGAACUGGUGCAAUAAGUUAGAGUGAGACAAAUAUAUUUUUUUCUCGCUCUAACUUAUUGCACCAAUUCAAUAGUGCAGGAACGAAAAACAAACCUGAUAUAUUCUAGAAAUGUAAUAAAGGAACAACAACAAGCGCUUGAUAUUCAUGAAAAAGAACACAUUCUCAGUAAACAAGGGAGAAGAAUAACAAGUAUGUUUAAUGCUCGGCAUGAAUUAAAAAAUGAAUGGCAAGAAUUUCAACAACUUCACUCAGCCUUAGAUACAGCUCAACAGGAGAUUACAAGUCUCGAUCAGAAGUUGCGUCACGCUAGAAGAAAUUUAGAAGAAGAGAAACAUAAACGUCGAAUGGCUGAGCAAGAAAGAGAUUUAUUGGAAAGCCAAAUUAGCACGAUUCGAGAGACUUUAUUUCACGAUGAAGAAGUGAGCUUAGAUGAAGGGAUAAAGAAGAAAUUACAAUUUCUUAACAAACCUAUUUUCACAUGGAACAAGCAUAAUGUAUAUAUCCGGGAUGGACAGAAUGACGGGCAACUGAAUACGAUAGUGGAAAUGGAUUCCACAGGUUCAAUAUUAAGCGAUUUGAAUUGUCUGUCAAAGUCAGAAGAUGAUUUGAAUACUAAUAGUAUGCUGUUACAAAGCCAAAAGCAUGGAGACUGGAAAGAACAUGGAGCUAAUAGCAAAAAUUCGGUAUACAAGCAACACAACACAUUGGAUAAAGUUGCUGAAUUUAAUUCAUCAGACAGAGCGACUGUGACAAUUAAAUCAAACGACAGUACUCAUACUGCAUCUUUUCAAACUCAAAUUACACCUGGUAAUGAACAUAUCGAUUUCAACGUGUCAGACACAAAACUACAUCAUAGCUUUGUAUCGAAGAUGGUGAUCAAACCAGAAACGUGUACUCCUUGUGGUAAGAGAAUCCGAUUUGGAAAAAUAAUGUUAAAAUGUAGGGACUGUCCUGUUAUUUGUCAUGUCGAGUGCAAGAUUACGGUUGCGCAACUGUGCGUUUGCGGGCAGGUAACAUUACUAUAUCGUGUAUAUGUUGUGUGUCAAUAAUGCUUUGUCGUGUGAUAUCUAUACAUAAAUUAUUGUAUACACGUUUCACAGUAAAACAUCGCGUAUGAACUCGCGUUAUUCGAUACGGACUUGAGCAAGACAUCACGAUUUAGUCAACCUGGAAACCGAUUCGAUUUUAUCGGCAUUACGUGGUUUUGCACGUUUACAGUUAAGGAAGCUUACAGGGAAACAUCUGUUUUAGGAAGUACGAGCGUGCUGGCAUUAAUUAAUAAAUCCAUUAUUACGCAAUAUUA